CUCGAGGCCAGUUCCUCCCAGCACUCGAUAUUCACAGAAGCUUCCAUAGGUCCGAGAAACAGUGGUAGACCGUAAAAUUUACUGACUGAAGGUACCGCCCUGGCAUGUUGUCGCUCCAGAACCAUGGAAUUGAGUUUCGGGAAGAUCAAUCUCUGCCUUACCCGUCAUCACGCUGGAUCCACACAAGGCAGAUAAGAUCAAUGUCAACAACCAUGGUCACCUCAGGUUGCAUGAUACCUGGCAAAUGUACGACUUUGAGUCUGAGUCUGAGUCCCAGUGCCUGGUAGUGACUGUCACCUGUCCGUGUUCAUUGGGGAUACGCCUCAGCCAACAAUUCAUGCUUUAUUGCCUCUCGCUCAACUGUCAUCUAUCCAAUAUGCAUAGCCGCUCGAUCUCCGUGGAUGCUGAAUCCUCCCAGCACUUGGUAUACCCAACCAUCACAAGCUCGUGGAUCUCGUCGACAUACCUAAGGAUAACGUUACAGGCGCUCCCAUGACAUGAUGUUUUAAUCUGCGGAACCAAAGGCAGAAUCUGAGCUCAGACCGCAGCACCUACUUGCAGUUGCCUUUGCAUCGCUCUGUUUCGCUUUUGUUCAACUCUUGUAUCCUUGCAAGUAUGCAUUUAGCGAACGCGUAGCGCAUGUUCUUUGACUUCUCGAACGUGAUAAACACAUCCACAUCCUCAUCGUGUACAUACACCUCGACGUCCCUCUUGUACCUUCUUGAUCUCACAGAAGAUUUUUCUUUUUUCUUUUUCGCAAACAUACUCAUAAUCGUCAUCAUGUUCCGAUAUCCAUACCUCCUCCUUCUCCUUCUCAACACGAUCCAGGUCCUCGCGAUCUGGCCAGCUCCCCAAUCCAUCUCGACUGGCAAUUCAGUCCUGUGGAUUGAAGAGAGCGUGCAUGUUUCUUACGAGCAGGGCGAUGUAGGGCACAUUCUGUUCAGUCUCCUAGGUCACGAUACUAAACAUUUGCUGGGAUUAUAGUCUUCUCUCUACUCUCGUGGCGAUGCCAGCACCAGAUUCUCGAGCCGCUCCAUUGUCCAAGGUGCCAUUGCCCGGAACAUGGUCGCCUUAUUCAACCAGAGCUUCGUCCCGUGGAAAUUGGUCGCCCGAAAUGAACUCGUAGGCUUCGAGCCGGAGGUGGCCACCAAGAAGCUGUAUAUCACGAAUCUCGCCAUUACCCAAACCGGUACUGACAAUUCCAGCACCUUCAAGCCCUUAGCUGGGCAAGUUGAUGAGUCCUAUAAUAUCACCAUUGGGAUGGAUGGUAUUGCAAAGCUUAGCGCUGUCUCCUCGACUGGAGUCCUCCAUGGCCUUCAGACCUUCACACAAUUGUUCUACAAGCACUCUUCCGGUCACGGCGUCUACACUAACAUGGUACCCGUCAUGGUCACCGAUGCGCCGAAAUUUCCCCACCGAGGUCUCAACAUGGACGUCGCCAGAAACUGGUUCCCUGUCGCCGACAUCAUGAGAACCAUUGACGCCUUGUCCAUGAACAAAUUUAACCGUCUGCACAUUCACAUGACCGAUGCGCAAUCCUGGCCACUCGAUAUCCCAUCGAUGCCCGAUUUGUCCAAGAAGGGAGCUUUUCAACCUGGUUUAACGUAUAGUCCGUCUGAUUUCAAGAAGAUCCAGAUAUACGCUGUUCAACGUGGCAUUGAGAUUAUCGUUGAAUUUGAUAUGCCCGGUCAUACCACCUCCAUUGCUUACACCUACCCCGAACUGAUCGCGGGUGCUGACGCAAAGCCAUGGGAUAUAUACUGUAAUGAACCUCCUUGUGGAUCACUAAAGUUGAACUCCCCUGAAGUUCCCAAGUUUCUUGAAAAGCUCUUCGACGACGUCUUGCCAAGAGUCGUCCCAUACUCAGCGUAUUUCCAUACUGGAGGAGAUGAAGUCAACAAGCAGGUCUACCUUUUGGACGACACUGUCAAGUCAAACGAAAGCGCUGUCAUCGGCCCGCUUAUCCAAAAGUUACUAGACCGAAACCACGAUCAAAUCAGAAGGGCAGGACUUGCGCCAAUUGUAUGGGAGGAGAUGGCUCUGGAAUGGAACCUUACACUUGGUAGCGAUGUUCUCAUUCAAUCAUGGCUCAACGAAGCAUCAGUAGCAGCACUCACAGGCAAGGGUCACAAAGUCUUAGCUGGGAAUUAUAACUUCUGGUAUCUUGACUGCGGUAAAGGCCAAUGGCUCAACUUCGAGAACGGUGCAUCAUUCCAACAAUACUAUCCAUUCCUCGACUACUGUUCCCCCACCAAGAAUUGGCGGCUCGUCUACUCCUACGACCCUCUGAGUGGCGUCCCAGCCAAUGAGACUCACCUCGUCAUGGGUGGCGAAGUUCACAUCUGGUCCGAGCAAACUGAUCCCGUUAACCUUGACGAUAUGGUCUGGCCACGCGCGAGUGCCGCAGGAGAGGUACUUUGGUCAGGACGACAAGAUGCUAGUGGGCAAAAUAGAAGCCAGAUUGCUGCUGCUCCAAGAUUGGCUGAGAUGAGGGAGCGGAUGGUCAGUCGAGGGAUCUCCGCGGGGCCAGUGCAGAUGGUGUUUUGCACGCAGAGUGAUGCGACGGAGUGUGUUCUUUGACUUUCUGACAGGCGUAUAUGUCAACUGGUGAUUUCAAUUUUCUGUGCCUGACGGUUGCAGUAGCUGGCGUUUCGAGCCUUGACUUUUGUGGCUCUUUCUGGCAAUCCGAGCUAUAUGGCAUUCUCUGACAGUGACCAUGGACAUUCUAGAGUCGAUAAUACUCGUCGCAUGGCAUAGCAAUAAAUAAUGCUUGCUUCCUCUUCUUUUCUACUCUACACUAGUCCAGAUUAGUCUUUUUUAUCGGUAUAAGUUCUUUCUGUACUUUCGCAUGGCGUUAAUUGGAUCUGAGCCCGUUUGUUCUUCUCGAUGUACCCGCAGAGCUACUCAAACCCUGCUCUAAAUGUUGGGGUUUACUUGCUGAGUCCUCAAGAACUGCUCUGAAUUGCUUGGUAACGCUGUGGUCAAGUCGUAGAUAGUAAAGAAGCUCUCCUCGAGGACAGAUUUCAAGUGCCGACCUUCCGA